AUGGAGUCUAUAGCUAAUCAAAAGGUGUCUUGUAUGGUCAACUUUGCAUAUGACGCAUUAGAACCAGACGAAUUGACUGUGAGACCAGGUGAUAUAAUACGAGACGUUGAGAGACUACCUGGGGGUUGGUGGAAGGGAGAGCUAAGAGGAAGACGUGGAAUGUUUCCUGAUAAUUUUGUGUCAGUGCUGACUGAACCUAACAAUGCAAGGUCGGGUGCGGUACCUGGACGGUGCCGAGCAGUGUUCAGCUACCAGCCAGCCAAUCCUGAUGAGUUGCCGUUGUGUGUGGGAGACGUAUUGGAAGUUCUAGGGGAGGUGGAAGAGGGCUGGUGGCAAGGGCGACGCGCGGGACGGUCGGGCGUGUUCCCGUCCAACUUCGUGGUGAUGUUAGAGCCGCCGCCCGCGCAGCCCGCGCCCGCGGAGCCCGCGCCGGCUCUACCUCCGAAGCCCGUAAAGGAGCAGUGUCGGGUACUGUUUCCUUACACGGCGGUGAACGACGAUGAGCUCACGUUGGCAGAGGGGGACAUCGUGAACAUAGUGUCGAAGGACGCUCCCGACCGCGGCUGGUGGAAGGGAGAGUUACACGGGAGAGUGGGACUCUUCCCCGACAACUUCGUGCAGUUGUUACCGGCCGUUGCUGAAGAUGCUGAAGAAAUCCAGAAGAAGCCAGACCGGCCACCCACAAAGACUAGUCCGCUCUAUCCAAUACUCAACAAGUACACCGAAAAAACUGCCUCCGUUAAAGAACUGACCACAUCUAAAGUAAGCUUGCACAAGGAAAGUACAAUAAGUAAAGAAAGCAGCACACAAAGUACAGUCACGCACACGAACAAGAGUGAAUCUGAAAAAAUUAUAAACAGCGAGACGGUUGCAGAUGGAACGCCAGAACAAGUCAAGAAACCCCCGGUGCCAGUUAAGAAGAGUCCCACGCCGACGUCAGGAGUUGGAGGGUUGUUCAGCGGGCUAAAAAACAAGAUUAUACCGUCAUCGGAUAAGACAGAGAAGGUAUCAACGACGAUAUCAAGUGGGAGCAGUAGUAGUGGCGAGUGGGACCGCACGGACGGCAGUGUGGCCAGCAAGUCCGGCACCAACGCCAACGCCAACUCUAGCGGCAACGCUAACACCGGCGCCAAUGCUAACGCGGGCAACACUUUCGACCACAUCGAAAGAAAUUCUAUUUUAAAUGACCCUAGAGCCGGCAGGGUGAAGGCGCCGCGCCGCCGCCCGCCCAGCCAGGCGCUGCGCGACGACGCGCCCGCGCUCGCCAACGGACACGACGUACCGACAGACAAGUCAGAGCCCGAGAAGGCUGAGGAGGUAAAGCCCCGGGCCCGAGACUGGGUAAAGCACCGAGCGCCCUGGAUGGAGGAGCUGAAGCUGAACCAGGCCAAGAAGACCAGCUUCGGCUCCGAGGGCAAGUCGCGUUCUGUGUCCACGUCGUCGGAGGCCGGCGGGGUCGCCAGCAAGGCGGGCGGUGGCAGUACUGACAGGAUUUUGGAAUGUGGUUUGGAGGAUAAACGAGCGUCACAUUCAAUGGAAAUGUCGAAGAGUACGUCGUCGAUAAGCAAUAGGAUAUCUGUUCUAGAAAAUUUAGAAUCCAGUAUAGAGGUAAAAAAUCGUCAGUCAGCAGAGAAUAAGAAAGACGUGCCUCCGGAGUUACCGACGACGAAGCCGCCGUCGCUGCAAUCGCCUACCGCUGCCGGUCGAACACUGAUCGCCAUGCUAGACGAGAUCAAGAAGCCGCCCGCGCCUCCACCGCCGAUAGUUUCAAGUCGUGCUAGCAGCGAGCCCACCGACAAGUCGCCUGCCAAGCCCGACAGACUCGAUAAAUCCGACAAACUCGAAAAAUUGGAUAGACUGACCACUGUCGAAAAACCGAGCGAAAUAUCUUCGAUUAGCAAGUUCAGUAUCGAAAAGUCGAGCUCCGUCGUAGAGAGAAGCGAGAAGUUAGAAGAGAGGGUCAAAUCGGAGAUAAGUUCAGGGACGCUGGAGAGGCGGUUCCAUUCCUUGAAAAAUGAUAAGGCCGAGGGCACUGAUGCGUUGAUAGCUCAGCUCAAUAACAGGAUAUUAAAUCUAGAAAAGCUAAUAGAAGUACAAAACGCGAAGUUCAACGCGGCCAUUGAGGAUCUUACCAGUAAAUUAAAACAAGAGUCAGAAAAACGUCAAGCGCUUCAGUCAGAAAUAGAAAAACUUGCUCACUGCGUCACACAAGUUUAACGUGUUUCUUUGUUCGAGAGUAAUAAGUGACAGUAAUAAGUAAAAAGUGGAUUGUAUCAAAACGUAAUGUAACGAUUACAAGUUAAUAUUUAGUGAUUAUAAGGUUUAGUUACUUUGGUUCACAAAAUUUUUUAAAAUGUAGUGCAAGAGGCAUUAGGUUUAAAUGUUUGAAAUUCGUUUUAACACCUAAGUCCCACGCAGGCGUGAGAAUACCGCAUUUUUACUAAUUGACAGUAUAAAUAUAAAUAAAUAUUUCAUAGUACGUACUUUAUGUAUAUUUCAGUGACAAUUUUUCGUUUGUGUAAUCGAUGCAUUUGAUAUAAUUAUAUUUGGUUCAAUGUUAUCAAUAUACAAGAGUUGUUAAUGUGUUAAACGCUUGUGAUAUAUGAAUUCCUUGACAGUUUUAAAGAGAUGUCAGUACUUAAGUCCGUAUGUAAAUUAUAGAUAAAAGGUUAAGGGCCUUGAUGUAAGAUUAUUGUAGGGUAAUUCGAUUUUUAAUAUUAUGUGAGAUGUUGUUGAAGAUGUUGUCUUUUUUAAUAUUACUCUUUAUUUUGUUUUGUUUUUCUAAGUGCUACUACGUAGUCUGAGUUUUAUGUAAGAGAUGAUGGCGUCAGGAUGUAGGUUAGUCGAAUAUUACUCGAUAACUCGCAAGAUUGUCGUCGCGGCCAAAAUAACGGUUGAAAUAUUUAAUAUAUUUUACUGUGCUAUUAUUUAAAUUAUAAUUUUUGGUCACUGUGAUUGUUCCAGCGAGGAGCUGGGAACGUAGCUUCGUUCACAGUGUUAAUAAGAAACUGUUUAGCGAGAGAUUUCCAAUAAUAACAAAAAGUUAGCAAUCGAAUUGAAUAAGUAAUUUAAAAACUUUUAAAUAAAGACUAGCUUCUUAAUAAAAACCUAGCAUAUUAUUAAUUCCCAAUAUGACACGUAAUAACUAUGAUGAUGUAAAAUCGUGUUCUUCUGAAUAUAAAAACUUUAGCGGUGUCCGUAAUUAGCAAUUGGUUGUGUAGCCUAGGUUGUAGAUUACACACAGAUCUCACGGUAAACGGUUUCUUCCUCAUCGUACUUAGUAUCACGGUGUCUCGUAAAUUCGUAAUGUAAGUCGGCUGUAUAUUAGGUGCGAGAAGUAAAUUUUGAUUGCAACAAAAAA